AUCAAAGCAAUUCUAUAGUUGUCGAUAAAAGAAUAAUAGGUAAUUAAAUUCUGGAUAACUUGUUUGUGGUUGUGAUUGUUGCCUUAGAAUGUCUGUCAACCCAUUACUGUUGAAUGACUUCCAGGAUAAACCCCAUGCUGAACAAGAAUCAAUAUUACAAGAGAUAAGGUUAAGCAUUAUUGGUGAUGAAGAUGAAAAAUUGAUCUUAUUAAACUCUUCUAGCUCCACAGAGUUAUUCAAGCUGCUUGACAGAUAUGUUGUUGGUGAUGAAACGAAUUCUCAAAUAUUGGAACAUUUGCUAAUUAUCAUUUCCUCACUGUCUUAUUUGCCAAUUGCGCUACCAAAACUGAUUAAUGAAUAUCAUGUACUUAGUAAGUUGAUGGUCAUUUCAAAUUUAUUCAGUGAUAAUCAUGGUAUUCUCUCCAUCAUUUUCAAGUUGUUGUCAAACAUUCUAUCACUCAAACAUGACUUGAAUUUGGAACUUAACACAUCCGAAGGCUAUUCUUUUAAAAACUUGUUAUUCAAUAAAUUGGAAAGUGAUGCAACUGAUAAUUACAAAAUUGUGCAUGACAAUUCUUUAUUACUCAAUAUUUUCACAUUGAUCCCUCAUUUGAACCCUCUGGAGCUGAAAAAUCUUAUCAAUCCAAGUUUAAGAAUUUUAGAAAUUGUUUUAAACAAGCCAACAAAUUACUUGUUAUCCAAAUAUUCGAAUAAAAGAUUCUACUCAGGGUGCUUUGAUAGUUUAAUUGUUCCAAACUCGCCACCAUUAUUCUUGUUUUCCAAUUUGACAGGCCCUUUGCUAUAUUCAUUAUCACAUUUAUUGUAUUAUGACCAAGAAUCACUAAUGAAGACGUUCACAGAUUCAGCUGAUCAUACAAACGAUAUUGAGGAAUUGAACAAGAAGAAUAAAAUUGACAAGACUUUUAAUAAGAAUCUAUACUUCACAAUAUCUUCUUUAUUGAAAUCAAGUGAUUUUGAACUAAAAUUGUCUGCAAUUUCCAUCUUGAUUAAUUUUUCAUUAAAUUCUACACUUACUGAGGGUGAAAAAAAUAAAAAUGUUAGAAAGUUUCUACCAUAUUUGAUUCAAUUAAUUGAUUUAGAUGAAUCCAAUAAUUUGAUUGUGUUCAAAAGUGAGCUCAAAUUAUCAAGAAGGUUUAAUCCCUUUUAUAUCUUGUCCAAAUUAUGUUUGAAUUUUGAGUUUGUUAAUGACUACUUAUUGAACUGCAACAUCAUCAAGAAUUUCUGUGAAAUUAUCACCAAAUUUAAUAAUUCAGAUUUUGAUUCAUUAUCUUUACUGAAAUUAGAUAAUUUAUCUGAUUUAUUUUUGAUUUUAAGUUCAAUUACUUCAAAUAGUGAACCAAAUAGACAACUGAUCACUAAACAUGACUUGGCUCCUGCUAUUCAUAAGAUUUUGGAAUUCCAUUACAUGAAUUUGGUGAAAUAUUUGAAGGAUGAGGGAGAUGAGAUUACAAUAGAUGACAGUUUAGAGAAUGGUGCAUCACAAAACAUUGAAGAGUUAGUUAUUGCUUCAAACCAUCUAACAGUUUCAACUUGUUAUUUACUACGUUCAUUAUCAAGAAGUGUGUCAAUCCUGAGAACCUAUUUACAUGAAUCAAAUAUUGUGGAAAAUUUGUUGAAUAUCUUGAAAGUUUCAGAAGAUUCAUUACUUAAACUCAAAAAUAAGAAUUUUGUCAUCAUUAGGGCUGAGAUUUUGUUGAAAACAGUUAUAUUAUCAAUCAUUUCAAACCUAAUACUAGAUUUCAGUCCGUUAAGAAAUGAAUUAUUGAACAAGAAUUUGGUUGAUAUUGUUGCAGAUUUGUUAUUAACAACCACACAUAAUUCAAUCAGGGCCAAUUGUUUAUGGGUGUUCCGUCAUACUAUUUAUAAUGAAACUGUGAUGAAUAGAGAUAAAACAAUUGAAAGAGUUGGUAUUGAUAAUCUCAUUCAAUUUUGCAAUGAUGAUGAUUUGAUGAUCCAGGAACAAGCUUUUAACGUUUUCAGAAAUUUAUUAUGCCAAUCAAAAAUCCACGUCAAUAAGUUUUUGAACCAUUUCUUGGAUGAAAAUAAAGCUGAAAAUUAUUUUUUCAGAUUUCUAUAUGACAAAUUAUCAAAUAUAUCAGUUAAGGAUUCAAAAAAUGUUGGUGUUUUAGAAAGUAUGCUAUUCAUCUUGGUACACAUUGCAGCCAGUACUGAAGUCAAAAGAGAAUUGAUUGCGAAACAUGAGUUUUUAUUGGAAAAGGUUAAAGACGUACUUACAACUACCGAGAGUGAUGAAGUUAGACUUCCUUGUGUUUGGCUAGCUGUCAAUUUAACAUGGAUUGAAAACAUACAAGACCAAGAAAUUUAUAGAGGUGCAGCUGAUUCAUUUCUUCCAACAGGAGGACCUCAAUCUAGAUCUAACAAUUUUUUUGAAGACCAAGACGUUAUGGAUGAAGAUGAUGAUGAAGACGAAGAAGAGGAUGAAGAUGAUGACGAAGGCUUUGGAGAAACAAGACGUGUUUUAAGAUCUCAUGUUGCAUCUGGUAAUACUAGAGGUGGGUCUGAAUUUCAAAACUCCAAUGCAAACUACACAGACAAUGUUGUCAAAAGGGCUAAUAUAUUGAAUAGGCUUGGUUAUACUGAAGUUUUGUCAGGAUUCUCAGAUAGUGAUAACAUUGAUUUGAGAGAGAGAGCUAAAACUGCAGUGUUUAAUUUGAAUCACCUCAUCAAUAGGUAGUGUAUAUGACUUAACUAAUGAUUAUGAAAUUAUUUGAAACGUAGGUUGGUUAAGGCUUACAUUGGAUUACAGCGAUAGAGAAGAACUACAAGCUUAGGAUUACAGCAAUAGGGAAUGAUUACAAGCUUAGGAUUACACUGAUAGAGAUUAAUAUUUACAAUCUUAGGAUUACAAUGGUAGAGAAGAUUACAAGUUUAGGAUUACAGUAAUAGUGAA